CCUAAUUUUGCUGUCGUUUGUUCGUUUUUAGAAAAAUACGAAAGUUUGUUGAGUUUGCCAGAAAUUUCUUUUGACAAUUUAGAAAAAUGGAUAACGGAGCAGCGUCCGAUGUGUCACACAAUGAAGGACCUGUUGAUGGGCCUUCUGAAAAGGUGGAAGUCCUCAGUCAAUGAUGAAAGAUUUAGCAGAUAUUUAGUAAAAUUCUGUCAGACAUAUUCGUUAGAAGAUGCUUCUCAAUUAGAGAAGUUGGGAUUUGAGAAAUGUGAUAUCAAUCUGAAGCUUAGGCUCAUGAAGGCCUUGAUGGAGCAGCAGUUUGAUACAAAUAUGAAGUUCAAGGACAAAUUAGAUGGAAUGCCACCUGAUUUGCUGAGAGUUCAGCCAAUAGGAAGAGAUAUUUAUGGCAGGAAAUACUGGUCAUUUAUGGAUAAAGACAUGAAUUUAAGAGUAUUCUGUAAGGCAGCAUCUGAUGAUGAU